AUGCCGCAAUUCAGCAGUGAUAACAUCUUGCUUAUUUCGCCUGGGUCGCAAGUCACACUCGCCCAGCUAGGACUACCAGAGUCCUUCACUCCGGCGCGGUUUCGGUUCCCGACGCGCAUGUUCCCAGCAGAAAAGAAGGGAGAAUGGGAACCGCACAGAAUACGUGGACGAGUUGUCACCGUCAAGAAAGUCGGGUCACCAAAGGCCCCUGCGGCAGAGAACUCUACGUCAUCAAGCGAAGGAGAACCAGCGGCUGAGAAUACGGACAGCUCAAAGCAGGAUGUAGAGAUGAAAGACGCGGCUGAAGACAAGGCGAAAGAUACGUCUACGACGGGGGAAAAUGGGGAAAAGGCGGCUGUCGAGAAAACAGAAGAGAUGACUGUGUAUGAAGAGGAUACCAGAUCGGACGAAGGCGCGGUGUAUGCGCUACGCAAUGGAGCUGUUGCUGACUGGUCCUGCUUCUUCGCGCUUCUAACACAUAUCUACAACACCCUAAGCCCGCCUUUCCAUACGCCCAUGAUAAUAAUUGCACAACCAGCUUGGACAGCUGGUGACCGAGAGAGACUGACCCAAUUCGUGUUCGAGAAGUUUAAGACGCCGGCGUUUUGUCUGAUGGACUCAGCUUUGGCUGUUUGCUAUGCAUACAAUACCCCUAAUGCUACUGUUAUUGACAACCCAAUAUGCGAGAUAUUACCACCCGGUACCCCCUUGCCUAAAGACAACGGACCAGAAUCCGCAAGUCAAGGCCUCGCCAAACAACUUCCUUCCACCACUCCGGGUAUGGGCCCGGAUAUGCCUCGAAACCUAGGCGGUGGUGAAAAGGAAGAUGACGAAGGCGUGCUGGAUGUUGCUAGCAUUGUUAGUAAGGGCAAUGCUAGCGAGUUCAUCGCGAAACGGGAAAAGGAAAAGGCCGAAAAGGCUGCAUCCCGGAAGGGCCAGGCUGCCGAGUCUGCCGCUGCCAGACAAGCCCGUCUCCCGAAUUCAAAGAAAGCGAAAGCUACUUUCCACUAUGAAGGGCCGGUGAAACCGGAGUCCGCCCAAACUCAGACUGUGAGACAAAAGAAGGACAUAGAAGUCGGAAUAGAAAGACUCAUGGCAGCAACACCUCUUGAAUCCUGUGCUGACGAAAGAUGUGGCUAUGGAAUCCUAGAGACAUUAGCCGCUCAAAUCCAUCAUACUAUACUCUCUGUACCAGAGGCCUCAAGCCGCAGCAGCCUGUGGGAUUCCCUUGUCAUCCUUGGAAACGGCAGUAAAAUAAAAGCCACGGGUGCGAACACACCUGCUCAACCCCAGAACCCAGGUCCUUUCCUUCACCCUGCUGCCCAUGGUGUGAACCCCUUACUUGUUGCUGCCACUCACUCAAAUAACCCGGGAACACCUAACAACCUGAAUUCGAAUGCUGCUCUGUCCGCCGACCCAAACAUGCUACCGUACCAUAAAUCGACCGGCCACUCACAAACACCUACGGGUAUCAAACUCCUCAAACCUCCAGAAUAUUUCCCUGAGUGGAAAGAACAAGGUUCAGGCGGUGCAAGCGGCCCUCUUACAGGCACAAACUCACCAGCAAAUCCAGACGCGAACAGUGGGAAUUCCGCAACUGGAGUAGCCUCUGGCUCCAACAACGUCGGCAUGGAAGAAGCCACAUUCCUUGGAGCACAGGUGGCUGCCAAGGUGAUCUUUAUCGUCGAUCAGGGAGCUAGCAAGGGAGCAGGCGGGGUCCGGAUACCCUGCGUCGACGGAGACGCCUUAGCUUUCCCCUCUGCCAACAUGCCGAAAUCUACGAAGACAGCGGCCCCUGAACGGCGACAUAUCCCCUUAGCAGACGAGAUAGCCUCUUCAGGACAUUUACGCACAAAGUCGGGCAAGCGGAAAUCAAGAUCAGAGGACGAGACACAGGAUGACCACUACCUCGAUUCGAAGUCCUCUAAGAAGAUUCUGCAGAUCGGAAGAGACCUGGCUGAUGAGGAUGCUGCUGAGACCAGGGCUGCUGCGGAGGCUGCAGGUAUCGAUCUAAAGACGAAGGCUGCGUUUGACUUCGAGUCACGGUUAGCUGGUGAAGACUCGGAUUUUGAGGACGAAGAAGAUGCAGCUCAGUAUGAUGAUGCGCAGUGGGAGGAUGAAGGGGAAGUUGAAGAAGUGGAGGUUGAUCCUAAUGACCUAGACAUGUUUCAUAAAUUCCUACCACGAGACGAGGAAGACCCCAUAUUCCACCCUCGUGAGGGGGACAUGGGAGGUAAUGGCGAAAGUACCAAUUUAGCCGAUCUCAUACUCGAGAAAAUUGCAGCACAUGAAGCUGGCCAGUCUACUGAGCCUCUUGUUCUUGGGGGUGGUGCCCCAGAAGAUGCUAUUGAGAUACCAGCUAAAGCAUUAGAGGUCUAUGACAAGUACGCUGCCCCAUGGAUGCAACAGUAA